CGGACGGAGGAGGUAUAAGAGAGCUGAACUGUGUGUGUGUCUUCAGACUGUCACCAUGAUACUCACUCUGGCCCUCCUGCUGCUUCAGGUGGCGUAUGUGUUUGGAUGUGGUGCACCUGCUGUCAAGCCUGAUGUCAACAGGGUGGUGAAUGGAGAGGAUGCUCGCCCCCAUAGCUGGCCUUGGCAGAUCUCCCUGCAGGUGAAGCACGGCAGCCGUUUCCAUCACACUUGCGGAGGGACUCUGAUUGGACCUCGCUGGGUGCUGACGGCUGGACACUGCAUCGGGCCAGGAGACGUGUACCGUGUGGUGUUGGGAGAGCAUGACAUGAGCCAGCAGGAGGGCACUGAACAGAUCAGAGACAUUCUGCGCAUCAUCGUACACCCGAUGUGGGACAUUGAUUUUGUGGCUGAUGGCAAUGAUCUUGCCCUGCUGAAACUGGAUAAGAGCCCCGUCAUGAAUGACAGCGUUGGCGUAGCUUGUCUUCCAGAGGCUGGAGAGAUCCCCGUCCAUGGAGCACCGUGUUACAUCUCUGGCUGGGGGAACCUUUACACCCACGGCCCCAUGCCCGAUAAGCUGCAGCAGGCCUUGCUGCCGGUGGUGGAGCAUGCCGUGUGCAGUCGCAGCGACUGGUGGGGCAUCCACGUCAAGAGCACCAUGAUCUGUGCCGGAGGAGACGCCAUAUCCGGAUGCAACGGAGACUCCGGCGGUCCUCUCAACUGUUUGGGUCGGGACGGUCGCUGGUACGUCCAGGGCGUCACCAGCUUCGUGUCCUCUCGAGUCUGCAAUGAAGUGAAGAAACCCACCGUCUUCACCCGCACCUCCGCCUUCACCGACUGGCUCAGUGAUGUCAUGCUGCGAUACUGAGGGACAACUGGACUCCAAUGGAUCAACAAUGAAUCCCGAUAUUUUCUCUGUUCAUUGUUUCAUAACAGGGUCUGAAAAGAUACAAUUUAGGACAAUAAACCUUUGUCUUUUAUCA